CAAAAACCUGCGGAUUGUUCUACGACGUCAUUGUGACCACAGUGCCGAGAAUCAAAAUAUAUAAACCGCCUUGACGGGUUGGAGCAGCUGCAUGGUAGAUCACUUAUGGUUUUAUUCACCAAUUGUAAAUCAUAACUUAUCGUUAUGUCUUCACAACCACCCACCAUGAUCUCCACACCACAGACCUCGGAGGAAGAGGCCAAUCUUGCCGUUGCAAAAGAAUACAUGUCAAUCGCCUAUUCUCCAACCGAGAACAAAGGAGCCGAGUCCGUCCGCCACCUUUGCACCCCGGACAGCUGGUUCUGGGGUCCCUCCACCUUCCCCGGCUGUUCUACACCGAUGGACUAUGCUGAAUCGCACGCCCACGUCAUGGAAUCUGUCAACAACUUGCACAUCGUCCGAUACGACCAGGCAUGGGCGAAGAACGGACAUGUUCUGCUCCGCUAUACAGCUGAAGGAUCGCAUGCCGGCAAGCCGUACCAGGGAAUUGAGAGGUCGGAUCCUCCGAGAAAAGCGAGGUGGAGUGCUGCUGCUAUCUUUGAGGUUGAGGAUGGCAAGAUUAAAAGUUUUACCAAGGAUUGGGAUCAGAAGGUGAUGCAGAUUCAACUUGGAUGGGCGCCGGUACAAGACUCGGAAGAUCCGAGGUGGAAUAUAGACAUGUUGGCAGAUCCGGAGAGGGCGAGGCAUUUGAAGGGUUGAUACCGCGGGGGAGUAAUUAGUAUUUCGUGCUCUUGAUUUAUGGGUAUACUGCCUUGCCUUCGGCCAUUGUCAACCAGAUUGAAUAGUUACAAGCCGAAUAAUGAGUCUG